CAGCGCGGCGCACUCCUCUCGGUGGCGCGCCAUGGGGAGGGACGGGGCGUUCGGGGGCUCGGCGGUGCUGUGGGCGCUGCUGGCCGCCCACGUAGCGAUGGCGUUCGAGCCCGUGAGCGUGGGCAUCGCCAUCGGGGCCGUGUCGCUCACCGGCUACCUGUCCUACUCCGACUUGUACUGCCGCUUCACCGAGUGCUGCCGUGAGGACCGGCCCCUCAACGCCUCGGCCCUCAAGCUGGACCUGGAGGAGAAGCUGUUUGGACAGCAUCUUGCCACCGAAGUGAUUCUCAAGGCACUGACCGGCUUCAGGAACAAUAAAAAUCCCAAGAAACCACUGACUCUGUCCUUACACGGCUGGGCUGGCACGGGCAAGAAUUUUGUCAGCCAGAUUGUGGCUGAGAACCUUUACCCCAAAGGCCUGAAGAGCAACUUUGUCCACCUCUUCGUCUCUACUCUGCACUUCCCUCAUGAGCAGAAGACAAAACUGUACCAGGACCAGCUCCAGAAGUGGAUCCGAGGCAAUGUGAGCGCGUGUGGCAGCUCCGUCUUCAUCUUUGACGAGAUGGAUAAGUUGCAUCCCGGCAUCAUUGAUGCAAUCAAGCCCUUCCUAGACUACUAUGAGCAGGUGGAUGGGAUUUCCUACCGCAAAGCCAUCUUCAUCUUCCUCAGUAAUGCAGGCGGAGACCUGAUAACUAAGACGACGCUGGACUUCUGGCGGGCAGGAAGGAAGAGGGAAGAGAUCCAGCUGAAGGACCUGGAGCCCGUGCUGUCUGUGGGUGUCUUCAACAACAAACACAGUGGUCUGUGGCACAGUGGGCUGAUAGACAAAAACCUCAUCGACUACUUUAUCCCCUUCCUGCCCUUGGAGUACAGACACGUGAAGAUGUGUGUGCGGGCAGAGAUGCGGGCACGAGGGGCUGCCGUCGAUGAAGACAUCGUCACUAGGGUGGCAGAUGAAAUGACCUUUUUCCCCAAGGACGAGAAGAUCUACUCGGACAAGGGCUGCAAGACUGUGCAGUCACGGCUGGAUUUCCACUGAGCUCUUCACCCCAUGGGGUGGGAGAUUCAGGGGAGCCUCCCACCACCUCCACGGCCUUGCCUUGCCCAAGUACUUUGAAGACCCCUUGGGGCUUUGCACAUUUGCACCUGUGGACUCUGGGGAUGCUGCCGAUGCUGCACGGCAGCAGCCGAAUGUUUAGAACCCUUACACUGUUACUGUGAAUCAAGUGCCUCGAAACAUCUGAACACAGGAGGCCAAUGGUACCCAUGCCUCAGACGCCACCAAUAGGCUACAGCAGGGUGCUGCAGCCUUGGGGAAGCACCCGAGGUUUUUUGGUUUUGCCCUGACUGGCACUGUCAGUUGAAAUCUGGUGCAUCAAAAGCUGGUCAGUCUGAGGGGAGCAUGUGGGCCUGACCUCGGCUGAACUGUCAUUGUGAGCAGUGAGGACUCCCUCUGAGGCCCGUCACACACUGGCACACAGCCUUGGAGGCUGGACCUUAGCUGCUGCUCACAGCCCUGGCUGUGGACUGUGUCCCACUGUGUAGGGGCUGCAGCCUGCCU